AUGACUCCGCCUGAUUUGAGAAAAACUCAACCGCUACGAGUCGUGCAAGACUGGCUUUUAGAAUAUGAACCAGUGCUUGGUGUUUUAGACUAUGCAGUGCAUCAUGGUGCCGAGUGGACUUUACAAAGAAGAAGACAGUUGUGUGGAAUUCACGACACAUCACUAGUGAUGCCAGUGGUUUGGUUCGAUGCUAUUUUCCAUGCUUUCCACCAUAAGGCUGUCGCUCACAUUUUGCCAUACAACAACAAGUAUGAAAAGGAAAGUUGGUGGCUGUCAGCUUUGCAUAUCAUGGCCGUUCUUGGGUUGAAAUUCCGCGGCCAAGCACUUCUGUUUGCAGCCGUGACUGCUAGAAACCCGAAACAUCGCAAAUAUCCUCGUUCUGCUAAACUUUUUGAUGAGAGAUGGCGAAGCUUUAUUGAGGAAAUCCAACGUGAAGUGCCGACAGCUUAUCAAAACUGCAUCAUAUUCGAAGAGCAUAAAGAAAACUUAGUUCAAUAUUCUUUGAACUCGUCAACUUACUGUAUAAAUGUCACCCGUCACCAUCCAAUUGUGCCAUAUGCAUAUUUAGCCCGUGAAAGCUCAAAGCACAAGGUAAUCCUUGAUUAAUCUUCUUAAUGAAACUGUUCUAAAAACUCAGUGAAAUGAAAGCAGUUCAUUAACGUGUUAGGAAUGUAGCCACAUCUCGGGUUGGAAACACCACUGAAUUAGGUUUAGUUAUACGUGAUUGCUCGUUUGCAUUAACUCAGUUCAAUACUAAAUAUUUCAUUUUUAAAAGGGUGCGCUUCGCCCUCUUGUGUCUCUUGAAUAAGUUCCCCAUCUAGCCUUAAUGGUCGAUUAUUAUGUUUUUUCGUCCCAAAAUCUUACAUUGUUACGGUGCAUGUAACUACAUGUAUCAUAGAACAGGAGUUCUUUACAAAGCCUACUGGGCUUACUCUAGGAUGACCUCUGGCGGUGUUUAUAUAAUGUAUUUAUUAUUAAUUACAAUUUUUGGUCGACUUUCCGUCAGCCCGAAUUGCGAGCAGUUUUAAUUUUUUUUUUUUUAUUGUGUAUACUAUGAUAGCAAAUUUUUAACAAUAUCAGAAUACUGUUGGUGUAUUUCCUUUGAUGCAAACUCUUCUUGGUUGUUAAAUUGUUUCUGUUUUACUUUUUUUCUUUCUCGUUCAUUCAGUUUACCAAGCACCGAAAUACAUUAAUGGCAGAAGACUGAUUUUAAUCAGUACAACACCACCGAUGGAAAUCGAGUAUACCUACAGUAUACUACUACAUGAUAAAUUUCUGCAAUUUGAUUGGCUUAGAGCAGUGGUAUUUCAGCUUAAUUUGAAAUACCUACAUGUGAAAAUUACAAACCUUUUGCUGGUAGUAGUAUAAACAAAUAAUAGCAUGAUUUGUACGUGAUAUUUGGCAUAAACACCACUUGUGAUAUUUCAAAAUUGUCUCAAAUUUCACUCGCCUAACGGCUCGUGAAAUUAUUUAUAGCAAUUUCGAAAUAUCACGAGUGGUAUUUAUGCCAAAUAUCACUACAAAUCAUGCUAUUACCUAUACUUAUACUACUACAUGAGAAAUUUCUGUAAUUUGAUUGGCUUAGAGCAGUGGUAUUUCAGCUUAAUUUGAAAUACCUACAUGUUAAAAUUACAAAAUCUUUGUGGGUAGUAGUAUAAACAAGUAACAGCGUGAUUUGUACGUGAUAUUUGGCAUAAAUACCACUCGUGAUAUUUCGAAAUUGUCCAAAAUUUCACUCGCCGAACGGCCUCGUGAAAUUACGUAUAACAAUUUGGAAACAUCACUCGUGGUAUUUAUACCAAAUAUCACUACAAAUCAUGCUAUUACCUAUACUAAUAUUAGUUGUAUUUAUGUAUUUCAAAUUAAUUAGACAACUUUUUAAUUUAGUUUAAUAUUUACUUAUCUUUAUUCGUACCUGUGUGGACAAUACCAACCGCCUAGUUUGAGAGCGUUUUACGAAUCAUGUAAGGACGAAAAUAUUGAACCAAGAACAAGGUUUAAUCCUUAUUUGUUCUCAUAAUUUUGGAGUGCAAGAGCUUUUAAAAAUAACCUGAUAGAAAGGCGUUGAAUGAAAGAGGAAAAUAAAGCGAUUUGAAAUGAACGUUUGCAAAGAAA